AAAUCGUUUGACAAAAUCGAUCACAAUCCUCCGGUCUACAAGCUAUUUCAAUUAGGUAUAUAUAGAAAAACAUCCAUAUGGAUUAGAUAUUUCCUUUAAAUACGAAGACAAAAUCUCUUCAAUCAGAUAUACCACAUUUGGUAUCAGGGGUACCGCAAGGGUAUGUCCUUAGGCCUUGCCUUUUCUUAACAUAUCAGUCACCUGCCAGGCUCACUUAAAAGCACCGUAAGACUCGUUGUUGAUGAUAGAGUACUUUAUCUCACUAUAAAUAUCAUGCAAGAUUGUGAGACUCUCUAGCAGUACCUCCAUAAAUUAGAGUUUUGGAAAAAUACCCGGUCAAAGGAGUUGAAUUCCGAUAAUGCGAAGUGAUUAGGGUAUAGAAAAAGAAAUAAAAAAAAACAUUGCUUUUCGCUAUAAGCUACAUAUCCAUGAAUUUAAAACUAUAAAAAUGCUUAAUAUUUAGGCAAACCAGCAGUGUUAGAUCACAAAAAAAGACAAACAAGACUCUAAAAUACAUGAAAAGAAAUGAUCAAACAAAUGAUAAAUGUACAAAUUUAAGAAACUCCGUAUAAAACAUGUUCAACCAUAAUUGGAAUAUUGCUCAACUGUUUGGCAUUCAACAACCUCUAACAUAUGGAAUUGAAAGAGUACGAAAGGCUGCCGCCAGAUAUGUUCAAAUCAACUAUGUCUGUAGAUGAAGCAUCACAGAAAUGUUAACUGUACUGGCAAACGUUAGAAACAAGGAGAAAUUUCACAUCCCUACAUCCCUGAUUCUUUUAUAUAAAAUCCGUCAUUCCAAUGUUUUUCUUUUGUAGAUCACCAGUACCGGCUAGACUCUCAGGACCUUCACUUUUAUAUUCCCUCCUCUCGCACCCAUUUUCACAAGAACUCAAUUUUUUCCCCAAGAACCAUUAGACUCUGAAACAACCUACCACAUCAUGUUAAAUCUAGUGCUACUCUUAAUGAGUUCAGGAGUGGCCUAGAUUACUGAUGUUCAAACUUGAAAUAUAUGUUUUAUCAUCUUUUAACCUGUAACUUGUAAUAUAAUAGUGCUGAUUUUAAUAUUGCACAUUAAUUUGUGUUUUCAAUAAAGGCUUUAUCAUCAAAGUGUCGACCAGACAGUCGCCUCCCAGUCCCAGUCAGUCAUUGACAAUGGGGACUAUCUAGUUCUGGCUAACAUAACUUAACUGACACUGUUUUUAUUUUCUGAUGGUCGCAUUCAUUAAGUCAUGGCGAAACCCCAUUUGUUUAACUAACCAGUAUCAAACCGCAACAUCUCGCACAGUCUCUCGUGAGAAUCUCAUGAUGUCAUGCAACAGUUCAGAGCACGUGGUUAUUCUUGAAAAUCAGUAUCAAAAUUUUACCUAUUUAUGAAUUUAAUUUAAUCACAUAAAAUCUAUAAAACAACAUACAAUUUCUCAGAAAAUGUCAAUAAAUAACGAUUCUCUACCGCCUAGUGGUUUUUCAAAAUGAAGAGUACCCUGAUCAGGUGACAACUGCAAUGACGGACAAAAUAUUGCAGACAGGGGUUCUAAUUUGAAACUUGUGUUCAAAUUAUGUUGCAUGGAUUAUUUAUGCCAGAUCAAAAGGAAAAUUGAUUAGAAAUAUUGUAUAGUAAAAGGUGAGUCCAUUGCAUUUGAUAAAAUUAUAGCGUGACUAAUUUCUGGAACGAUUCCUGGUUAGGUGUCAGUACGGGAUUCAUUUUAGCUCAGAGAUCCGUAACAGCAUAUUAUAUAAAUAUCUCUGAGCUGAACUUUUAGCUAGGGACUACUGUGCAGAUGUAGACAAAUUGAUUGUGAAACGUACGGGACUGUAAUACGAGCCACGCUAAAUGAUUGUUCGUACGGGACCGUACAAAGAGCCACGCUAAUCUAUUUUAAGAAACAAAACAACAACCCAUACGAAAAAGAAAUUUAAUAAAAGGUCAAUAAAAAGCAAACAAAGGGCUAGCAAAAGGUGUGUGGUUACAGACUUUUAUGUGAGGUUUUGAAAGUUGGGUAGGCGACUCUAGGCCGAGAAGCUCUGAAAACUGUUUACUGCCUCCAAGUUCAAGAAGAGGCAGCAAAUGGAAGCGGAUUUCCACUUAUUCUGAUUUUCGUCAGAACAUAUUAAUUUAACAACAGAUAGCCCGAUAGGGUAAAAACAUGACCCAUCCAAAUCGUACCAUCACUUGUGCAACCAUAGGAGAAGGAAAUUUGCUUCUAUGCUGUCUCAAAGACCUGCGGCAUCGAAGUUUUCACGUAAAUGCAGUUUUCACUACCACCGAGUGCGUGGAGACAUUUUGCCGUGAAAACAAGAUACCCUGCUAUAAACGAAACGAAGAUAUUGUCAAAAUAUUAAGCAGCUAUGAAACAGAAUUUCUAUUUAGUAUCUCAAAUCCACGAAUUCUGAAGGAAGAUGUGUUGCGAAUCCCAAAGAAGCUUACUAUUAAUUAUCACGACAGCCCGCUUCCGGCUUACGCAGGCGUGCACGCAACAUCUUGGGCAAUUAUGCGCGGGGAACGACACCAUGGAAUAAGUUGGCAUGUAGCCGAAGCUGGCAUUGAUACAGGGAACAUUCUACAGAGUGAAGCUGUUGAAAUUAUCGAAGACGAUUCGGCAUUUACGUUGAAUUUGAAAUGUGUAGAGGCAGCAAAACGCGCAUUUGGCAGGCUGCUUAAUAACAUCGUUGACGGUGAAAUAAAUCACAAGAAACAACCAAAUAGUGGAAGAUCGUAUUUCGGCCUGCAUGAGAUUCCUCCGGAUAUCGGUGUGUUGAACUUUAAUGAUAACAUUGACAAUGUCUAUAAUAUGGCACGAGCACUGGAAUUUGGACAUCAUGACAAUGCUCUUGGCACUCCAAAGGUGAAAACAUCUACAGAAAAAUUUUUGUUAGUGACAAAUGCAACAAAACCAAAUAAGGAAAAAUAUCCCAAAGGGAAAGCUCCUGGAACCAUUUUAGAAAUAAUUGAUGACACUUUAGUUGUAGCUACAAAAUCAUCCCCAAUACAUAUAAGUGUUGCACAUCUUAAUGGUUCAGCUAUUUCAAAAGGACUGUUUCCUGCACAUGACUUGGUCGUUGGAGAUAGAUUAGGCAAUAUUAUGCAUGUCGAUGUAAAUGAUCUUAAACCCGUGAAGAAAAAGGAAACUUACUGGCGGAGAAAACUUGGUAAAUAUGAACCAACGAUGUUCUACAGACAAAAAAUGAACGUUGUAGCAAGUAUUAUUGAUGUGUCUUCAGGGGUUAACGUAAAAUCCGAAAAAAUUGAAUUGCCGACGUUGCAAGAUACAGUGGGAGAUGUCUCUGAAAGAGGAUUAUUUCUGCAAGCAUGUUUUGUAGCCUUUCUUGCAAGAAUAAACUGCACUCCGACAGUCCAUAUUGGAUUUCUUACUGACAAAAAAGACAUACCAAAUGAAUGCAUUGACUUGUAUUCUGAUAUAUCACCAGGCAUUUUUGAUGUUGACAUCGGAUCAACUGUUAGUAACGUGUUUGAAAAAUGCCUGAAGGAAAUCAAGUCUUUAAAAGAGGCUAGCACUUUCUUUCACGAUAUUUUCUACCGAUAUCCGGAGUUACAUGGUCACCAGCCAACACCGCAGCACAAUAUGGUGGUGGUAGGGCCGAAGCAGCUCAGCGAUCAAUAUAUUCAAAGAAUAAUGCUCAACUGCAACAUACUGAUUCGUUUUGGCCGGGAAAAAGAGUCAGAAAUGGAAAUUCUUUCUCACGAGAGGCCAGCUAAAGACUUUGGACACAUAUUGGAUGUCCUGCAGCACUUCGCGACAUUUUUGAAAGCAACAAGCGACAUAAAAGAGGCAUUGGAUCUGAAAAGUUUGUCCAUGGUCUCUACAGAUGAGAUGAAUCAGUUCUAUAAGGUCCAAUCACAGGAGGAAAACGACAGAAUACAGACAGAAUAUAUUUCUAGACUCAUUGAUCACCAGUGCAAUCUGACGCCCCUUAGUAUCGCACUAAAGACAACAUCAUGUAUGAUGACCUACAGCAAACUAGCAAAUGAAGUAGAUAUUAUGCAGACUUUCCUCACGAAAUCAAUACACCAAUCAGACGGCGAGCAGGGGAAGCCAGUUGUUGCCAUUCACGCUCCAAACUCCAUUUCUUACGUCAUUUCCGUUUUAGCUCUGGCAAAAUGUCACAUGGCAUUCCUACCAAUUCCUUAUGAUUUACCGGCUGACAGAAUCGUCUUUACACUCAAUGAUUCAGAAGUAAAGAGAAUGAUAAUGACGAGGAGUAUUUUUGACAAUUAUGACAUGAAAGGACUGAUACCGUUUAUGAAACUGGUAGCAGAGCAUGAAAUAGCAGACGAGAAAGUAGUUCUGGUUGAAUUUGAUCGUGUAUUUCCAAAUGAAAAUGAAGAAAGUCUUGUCCCUGAUAACAAAGAAAGUGAUUUCUUGUAUCUGAUGUACACUUCAGGCUCAACAGGACGCCCUAAAGGAGUGAAAGUUAAAGAAUCUGGAGUAAUUAAUCUGGCACGUGCACAAAUUAUGUGUUGGGACAUUGUUCCUGGAGAUGUUGUUGCCCAGUUUGCAUCUAUUGGGUUUGAUGCUUCAGUCUCUGAAAUAUUAACGGCUCUUCUUUCAGGAGCAUCCUUAGCUGUGCUUGAUGUAUCAGAGAGACUUGGAAAUGACUUCCUGGUUGCAAUGAAUAAGUUGAAAGUUUCUGUCAUUACUCUUCCACCGUCGGCUCUAAACAUAUACUCUCCAGAAGAACUGCCAGAUAUUAGAAAGGUUGUAGCGGCAGGCGAAGCGUGUACGCUGAAUUUGACAAUUAAGUGGACAUCAGCCAAAACCGUUAGAUUUUUCAAUGCUUAUGGCCCAACAGAAGCGACGGUCUGCGCAACUGUGUACGAGCACUUUCCAAAGACAUUGUACGAAGACGUAAAUCGAGACCUCCCUGUAGGGAAAGCCAUUGAUGGGGUUCACGUCUAUCUGUUUGAUGACUUCAUGCAUCCGAUUCCUCCAGACGUUGUUGGAGAAAUAUACAUUGGAGGUAAGGGUCUAGCUCACGGGUAUAUUGGUCACGCACAGCAUUUUACCAAAGAACGAUUCAUACAAAAUCCGUUAUCUAAAGAACCAUUACUCCUUUACAAAACCGGAGACCAUGCAUUUCAGGAUACAGAUGGAAAUAUCACAUACGUGGGAAGAAAUGAUGACCAAGUGAAGAUACGUGGACAUCGUAUCGACCUGAGCGAAAUAGAACAGGUACUUAUACAACAUCCAAGAAUAGAUAUGGCUGUAGUCGUGGUCCACAAAUGUGCUGCAACAAAUGAGCUGUCAGUGGCCGCCUACGUUGCCCCUACAUUUAUCUACAUAUCUGAACUAAGAGAGUAUCUAUCAAAGGUAUUGCCCCGAUAUAUGAUACCGACAUACAUAAAGAAAUUAGAGGUGAAAGAUCUGCCGAAGACAUUGAAUGGAAAAAUCAAUCGUAAGAAACUUGAGGUAGACGAGGGCAUCCAUGAGCAGGACAAAACAAAUGGUCACAGCCAUUUGAAUGAGACACAACUGAUGGUCGCCAAGUACUGGUGUAAUGUGUCCAAGUACGACGAGUCUUUCGUAUAUUCACUUCACCGAAAAAGCUCAUUCAGGGAAAUGGGAGGCAACUCUUUGCAACUGGUCCUGUUGCUAAGAUCGAUUGAAGAUGAGAUGAAAGUAAACCUUUCGUUCACUGAUCUUGGGACUGCCGAUACGAUUGAAGAAUUUGCUGAGGUGAUACGACGUCGCCGAGAUAUUAAAGCAAAGAAUGAGCAGAAUGAUGUAAAAACAAGAAGUGAAUUAAGAGAAAUGAUAUUUCAUGAUUCAGAGCUUGAUGCUAGUAUUUUUCCACAUCCAGAAAGACGACGGUCUGUACAGUUCACACAUUAUACAACACUAGUAAAUAAAUGCAUAAAAAAGCACCCCAAAAACAUUCUCCUGUCUGGAGUGACUGGUUUCCUUGGAGCUUUUCUUCUGGCAGAGGUUCUUGAACAGUCAAACUCCCAUGUCUGUUGUAUGGUUCGUGAAACAACUGAAGCUCGAGGCACUGGUCGUAUCAUCGACAAUUUGCAAAAAUAUGGUCUUUGGAAAUUCGAGUACACUUCCCGUAUAGCUGUCGUUAUUUCAGAUUUGUCAAAGAAAAAUCUCGGUAUUGCGCCUGACGUCUACAAGUCCCUGUGUAAUGCAAUCGAUGUCGUCUUCAUGAACGCAGCACACAUGAAUUUUAAUACAUCGUACGAAGACCACAAAAUACCGAACGUUGAAGGUACGAAAGAGUUUAUUAAGCUAGCUUCCACAGGCGUCCAGAAAUAUUUGUUCACUACAUCGUCGCUGAGCGUGUUCUUGUUCCCAAAAGAACAGGUAUUGAGUGCUACUGGAAGACGCAAGUGCAGCGAGUCGGAAUUCUUUGACGACCCAUUGCUUAUUGAAGGUGGUUAUGGACGAAGUAAAUGGGCCAGUGAGCGCCUAAUCAUGCAAGCUUUAGAUUUCUUACCCGGCGGUGCAAUAUUUCGACCAGCUCGUGUAUCGGGACGAAGUACUGAUGGAGUCGGUCCAAAGAACGACCUUUUUGCAUCUACAAUGAUUGGCAUGAAACAGAUGGGAUCAUAUCCAGAUAUGGAUUUUCCAUACGACCUUACACCAGUAGAUUUCUGCGCUAAAGCAAUGAUCGAAGUGACAUUGAAAAUUUGCAAUACCAAGUGCGAAACUUCUGAAAAGGUGUACCAUCUCUUCAACAAAAAUACGAUACCAUUUCGUGACCUGUUCAAAGAGAUAGGAUUGAGAGGCAUUUCUCUGGAUGACUGGCGGAAGGAGCUAAAGCAAAUCGACAGCAGUAAUAGGGCACUUGCUCCACUGACGCCGUUCUUCAUGUCUGGAUUCUGGGACAAGGCUCCUGACUGGCCAGUAUUCGACACGAGCAACCUUGACAACGCAAUAUCUGACGGCACAAAGGCACUUUUAAGGCCUUCUGGUGAACUCUUACAAACAUACAAAACAUUUUUCGGCGUUUAAGAAAAUAUAUUAACAUAGAAAUGUCAAAAAAAAGAUAUAAAACAUCUUUUCGAAUAUACAAAUAGAAAGACAAAAUUGUAAAAAAGUAAACGAGAAUGCAGUUGAGAAAUUUGUAAUUAAUUAAAUGUCAUAUACACACUACGUAACUUAAAGCAUGACGCGAUACACACAUAGAUGCGGUUAUUUCACGAAAAAAUCUAAAAAUUAUUUCUUGAUUAUUUUACACUUAAUGAAAAGGACCAAAAGGCAGUAAUGAAUUGCUGUGGAUUGGCAAAAACAAUAAAGCAUUAAAAAUACGAUGUGGCGCUUUUAGGCAUAUCAGAACCGUAUUUUUAUAUAUGUAAGGGUCUAUGCAAAAACGUUGUUCAUUUGACCGGAAUGUGUAGUCACGUAUAUAUUUUUUGCGUGAAUUCUUUAAUAUAUUAUCAUAAAUUAAUGCAGUAAUCAUUAGUUGCAAGUAUCGGUGAAAAAGGAUUUCUCUUUGCAGUGCGGGUUGACAAUGACAGAAAGUAUUCUAUGUGGGGUUACAUGCAAAAAAAUGUGUUCUGUAACCAAAGAAUUCACAGUGUAUAUAAUUAUAAUCAUAUAAUCACAGUGUAUAUAUUAUCAUAUAAGUAAAGUGCGACAUUGCUAUGGCCGUGAAGGUACAUUUUGUUCAAUUUAACUAUAUAUAGCUGUAUUUAUAUACCGCCUAAUACUAAUAUUUUGAAACGAGCAUUUCCCAAGAGCGAUGACAUUACAAUGACAAAAAGGAAAUGAUCUAAAGUAAUUAUUUUUGUAAGACUAUUACAGUAUGAAAAGUGUUUAUCAUCAUAUUGUAAAAAUAUAACUAAAUCUGAUAUGCCAUUGAGGCCAGACAAAAAUGUUUUGUUUUUACGACCUUAAAUAAAACGAGCUUCAGUCAAUUUCACGCCUCUGAUGGGAUUUGCCAAACAUGAAUUAUAAGUCAAUACUCGUAAAGAUCUUAAUUAUUAUUGUCAAAAAUAUUCUAAUAUCCGUACCAAAUAUUUGCCACGCAUUUCGUGGCCAAAUGUCAAUUUAUUUAACUGUCUAGUGAGUUCAAAUAAAAGGAAAACUAUUUUGAAUAUUUGUAAAUACCUUAAAGAAGCAUUUAGUAUCAGAAAUGCAGAGGUGUAAUUAUGCACUUAAUAAUUAUGAUAACUGUUUAUAGGUAAUAUUACCUUUUUCUGUUCAUGCUGCCGCUAUAUGUACAUGCUAUUAUAUACAUACUAUCAACAUAUUCAUAACAUGUCAUGUAUGAUUACAUAUCUAUUGUAUCAGUAUUUUCUUUAUUCUGUUCAUUAGCCAAAGGCAAGUUCUUGUCGAUGUUUGCUAGUAAAAUGUUGUUGUUGUUAUUAUAUUGAAACAUCAUUGGUUCUAUUUAAUUCACAUUUAAUAAUAUGUGACGUGUCAACCCGUUUUCUUUUUUUUUCACAUGAAAAAGGUAAUUUGUACUAACGGAGCAUUUGUAGUUCGUAUAAAUUGAUUAUUUUGCCUAAUUUAAGCUCAUAAUUAUAUACUGUACAAUGUAACUUCAUAAACGUCGUGUAGUUCAAAUAUCAAUUUUGAUCGGGAUUGGGAGUCUAUCUACCAAAUCUGUCCAAAUUGAAUGAUGGUCAAUGCCGUCAUAGAAAUUUAGCAGGGUACAUUAAAAUUCAGUUUAAUGUUAAAACAAUUGAUAGAAACUUCUACACUCAAUUACUUCUGUAGAAAUCAUUCUUUUCAAUCAUUUAUUUUUCUCGUUUUGGUGUUAUUGUUCUUAGUCUUGGGUGCAAUUCAUUUCGAAAUAUUAUGGGGACAUAUUAAUAGGUCAACACAGCAGCUGUAUAAUCAAAAUUAUUACUAGUAUAAAACUGAGAGUUGUAUGAAUCAAGUCUGCCUACAUUUAAUAUUCACCUGGAGUAUAAAUCAUUCACUCAAUUUGUACUCAUAUUUAUUUAGUUUGUAAAUUUUAUUUAUAAUUUCUUGUUAUUGCGUUGAUAUAGAGAGAUGAAGAUUGUAUAAAUGUUGAAAAUAAAAGCUACUGAAACAUA